UAUCAUUCUCCUUACAUGAAGUCUUGCUCUCCCAAUAUCAGCUCCUAUUUUUAUCAUUAGUUUUAUAUGAAAUUUAACAUGGUAUCAGAGCCAAAACCUGGAUAUCCCAAUACUAGUUACUUUUGAGAUAUUUCAUUUUUUUUCUUCUUUCCUCUCAUAUUAACGUGAUGGCAAUGCCGACUCACACUCGUACCUGGAUAAUUGAUUCUGGAGCAAGUGAGCAUAUCACUUGUGAUAGUGUAAACCUUUUCAACAUUUCUACUCGUUCAUCUGAACCAGGAGUAAGAAUUCCUAAUGGGGAAUUAGUUCCAGUCACUGCCGUUGGUAGCUUGUACCUGUCUAAUGGGUUCUAUCUUCGUCGUGUUCUUUAUGUUCCGCAGUUCCAAUGCAACUUGCUCUCCGUCAGUCGCCUCACAAGUGAAUUGAAUUGCACACUCACUUUCUUCUCAGACUUCUGUAUAUUACAGGAUUUACGCUCCAGAAAAUUAAUUGGCAAGGGUGGAUUUCAUAAUGGUCUCUAUUACCUAGAAUCACCUAGGGGUGAAAGGGUGGCGAUGGGAGCUACUCUUAAUUCUGAUUUAUGGCACCGGAGGCUGGGACAUGCCUCGAAUGGAAAAUUACAACACAUUUCAUUUCUCAAAGGUUUACAACAGUGCAAUAGCUUUUGUGAUCCUUGCUUACGAGCUAAACAAACCCGGCUACCCUUCCCGAAAAGUACAAGUUAUUGUGAUGCUGACUGGGCAGGAUGCUCCUACACUCGUCGAUCUAGCACUGGAUAUUUCAUCACUCUAGGCAAUUCUCCAAUCUCUUGGAGGACGAAGAAACAGUCUGUUGUCUCACGCUCUUCCGCAGAAGCAGAAUACCGUGCCAUGGCCGUUACAGUAAGUGAAAUCUUAUGGCUACGAUGGUUACUUCGAGACCUAACCAUUCCUCAAACUGGUCCAACUUCUCUCUUCUGUGAUAAUCAAGCAGCUCGACACAUUGCACUCAACCCCGUUUUUCAUGAACGUACCAAGCACGUAGAAAUGGAUUG